GAAUACCAAAUUUGACUAUUGAUAACAGAAAAUGUUAAUAUAUUCGCUCUGUUAUGCAUUUGGCAAGAAGCAGACUACAGACGGUCAGAAGGAAGGUGCUUUUUACUUAAUAAAAAUUAACUAAAUCCCRUGUUUACYAGUUAUUUUUGUGCGUAUGAUGUCCAUAGCAGGGAAGAAUACCAGCUCCACGUCCAACCAUUACAUAGUAAUAAAUGCAAGACAUUACCAAGCAACAUCAAUUAUUGCUUUAAGCAAUUCAAACCAACAAAAUGAAGCUUAUAGAUCUAAACAUCGACUGUCUUUUGCGAAUUUUUAAAUAUCUAUCUGAACGCGAAUUGAUUAUCUUGUGUGAGGCGAACAACUAUCUUAAAGCAGUCAUCGAUCAGAACAUAUUCUAUGCCCUGACAAAGGAUUUGCUACUAUGUGGACAUAGAAAUAAACCAUGUGUGGAGCUAAGGAAUCCAACACAACUAAGUUAUCUGCGGCGUUUACAAAUAUCUAGAAAUUGGCUUAAAGGCGUCUAUGUGGAACGACAUUAUUACCACCAUGCGCAAAUGUUCGCUUCGAAGCUUUGGUUAGAAUCGGACGCACUGUAUAUAACGCACGCGAAUUAUUUACGCAAAUAUCGUCGGGCUGGUCCCGAAGCACUACAGCGACGCUAUGAGGAGGAGAUCAGUACACCCACCUUAUCGGAUAUCUCGGACUUUGYAAAGAAGCAGGACACCAUAUUUGCUGGACGAGUGUGUGGCACCUGCUUCGUGAAGGAUGCCGAAGAUAUUACCGAGCAGCAAAUGCACCAUGCCAAAGAGUAUUUGUAUUGUGUGGAUUUUGUGGACGAUGUUUACGCGACCAGCACAGACAACUGCUGUAAGCUGUGGAAGCGUUCCAAAGAGUUUGGAUUAUCGCAUUUUGAUCUGUUUAUGCGGUUGRAACAUUCGUUUAAGUCUAUGAAGCUAAGCGACGAUGGACAGUGGCUCUAUGGAGGCUUAUAUACGGAUACAGGCCGCAAAGCAUUGCGUGCCAUUCAUGUGGAGAGUGGCGAAGAGCUUGUG